AUGCAUUCCUUCACUAAAUUGAGAAGACAAAAGGCCAGCGGCCGGGGCUAUAACCAGGUUGGGAUCCCGCGCAGUUCAUUUCCCUCCUAUCGCGCUAUUCUGGUGAUCGGGGAUGUGUUUCGACGAACCGAGGUCCGACAUAUGGUUGGCUUGUUACUCACUCGUCUGCGCUUCGGUCGGGUGUUUGUGCAUCAGGUUGGUGUGUGCGCAACCUACUCGGUCGGAUUGCCUACAGCAUGCGUGAUUGAUUUGGGCGAGGAAAAAACCACAGUAUGCUGUGUGGAAGACGGAGUCUCCAAUCCGGACUCACGUGUCACAAUUGCUGUCGGUCGAGCAAACGUUUUACAUACCUUCCAUUCCAUGGUUUUUAUACAACAUCAUGACCAGUGGUCGAGUUUCACUGCGGGUCAUUCUGUUUCCCAAGUGUAA